AUGGCUAAUGAGAGAGCAGAUACGAGAUUGGUCGAUUCGGGGCCCCUCUCAAAUUGUCCGUUUUGCAAACAAACAUUUCCAAAGCCGGAAGCCGCUCGGAGACAUGCCAUCUCGUGCUCGAGAAAGCCCAGCGGCCCGAAGCAGCAGCAACAGCAACAGCAGCAAUCAUGCGAGAAAGGAGGUGCCCAGCAGCAGUCACAGCAGAGAGGCAGCACGGUAGAUCAUACGGCCGAUAGAGUUGAUCCAGACCGCGGCCUGUCGCUGUUCUUCCUCCUCUCCUUGACAGACUCGGUGGUGAAUGCCAAAGAACUGAUCGCUGCCGAACCGACCGAUCCCAACAGGAGAUCGGUCCAGGUCCCCUCUGCCUUGUUGGAACUGCCUCUCUCGUCGGACUUUUCCUCUUCGGCUACGGAUCUCUGGGCAGCCCUAGAGGGUCCCGCGAGCUGGUCGCCGUUUCAAAUGCCGGAUUUGGUUGAUCCGGAGUCUCCGCUGCAGUCAUUCCCGGAUUCCUUGUGUUCGGCGUUGGAGUACCGGCUGAACGAAAUCGUUCUCCAGCUGCAGUUCUAUUCUACGAUUGCAGAUAGCCAGCAAAGCCAGUCUCAGCAGGCUCAGCAAGCGCAGCAGACCCAGCUGAAUCCAGAAUCCAUCUUCACUAUUGCCAAUUUUUCUGCUUUCUUCUCCUCCUACUUUCAUCAUUUUCAUCGCCAUCUACCUGUCGUCCACCGUCCCACUUGUCUUCCAGAAAAUGUAUCCCCGCAGUUGCUGCUGGCAGUGUUUCUAGCGGGUGCGAUCUAUACCCCUUCGCAUGAACAUUCUCUUGCUGCGGCGCCAAGGUUUCUACCCGCUGCGGAAGAGUACAUCUUCAGUCAUCCCAUCUUCGAGUUACCGCCUGGGGCAGCAGACUCUUUUCCAGAUUAUAUCGAGAUUCUGCAGGCCGCUCUCAUCGUCGAAUGUACCCAGUUCGGCAUGAACGACAUGCAGACGAUUCGGCGCAUUCGCACCAGACGACACCCCAGUCUUGUCUCUGCCCUGCGCUCGUUUGGGAUCUUCAACUGUCGUCACUCCGUUGACAGGGAUUGGAAGAGUUUUGUGAGAACGGAGAUCCAGCUAAGGCUCGCAUCAUGGACAUUCCUAAUGGACUGCUACUUGACUGUUGUCUUCAAAAACCCCCCGCAAAUCACCGUCUCCGAGAUGGUGGGCGGGUUCCAAUCCAGCGACGACCUCUUCGAAGCAGACGAUGAGAGUCAAUUCGCAAAUUUAGCCAAAAAGUAUCAGCAGGACCUUUCCAGCUCUCUAUCAUUGAAAACAUUCGUCACACAGAUCAUGGGCGAUCCAGCCACUGACAUCGCUAUUCAAGACCUCCGUCCUUUUCAACUUCUAGUCAUUAUAAGCGCCCUCCACUCUAUCGCCUUCGUCGCCCGAGCAAGCUGCCUCAGCACCGUCAUCUCACCCACUCUCCUCCGCGCCUCGUCUCGCUGGAAGCAGCUCUGGAGCACCGUCAGCGCCCAGGCCGGCGAUAAUCUGCAGUACCAGGGUUGUUCGCGACACGCGCUCGAGCUCUGGUGGCUGCUCCGGUGUAUAUUGGAGGUCGGGGUGGUUUCGGAUCUGAAGAUCGCGUAUUUGAAUAAUGCCGCGACGGAUGAUGCGGGGGAGAUCCAUGAGUUUAUGAAGGUUAUAAGCCGACGGAUUCGCAGGCAGACGGAGCUCGAGAGUCGAGGCAAGAUAGAAGCAGGGAUUCCAUCUAGGCGAGACGACAUAUCGCCAGGGGAAUCAAUCGGUCGUAAAGUGGUCACGGCGAAAGACAACCCGUCUUUGAAUCCCCGGAACUGGUCUCUCUUGUGCAGAAGCAAGAACAUCGCCAUCUUGGUCUUCCUUGUCUUCACGCAGGGCUGGGCCGGUGCAGCCGAAUCCUUAGUCCAGGCCCAGGCGAACAGGGAGUUUGGUGUAUCCAAUGUCGCCGGGAAUUUGUCGACAGCCAUGUAUCUCUUCGGGAUUGCCUCUGGGUCGCUGUUUGCUGGGCCUAUCUCCGAGUCUGUGGGCAGGAAUCCGACCUACCUCUGCGCGACAUUCAUCUACCUGCUCUUCGUGCUCGGCAGUGGCCUGACGCCUACGUUUGCCGGCCAGAUCGCAUGCAGGUACUUUGUCGGUCUCUUCUCCAGCACAACGCUAGCAAUCAAUGGAUCCAGUGUGGGUGACCAGUUCCGUCCCGUCAAACGAACUUUUGUCUUUCCCGUUCUUGCGUGGGCGAAUGUCGCCGGCCCCGUUAUAGCGCCGACUGUGAGCGGCUGGGUCGUGGCGAAUCCCCGUCUGCACUGGAGAUGGACCGCGUAUAUCACACUUAUCAUAUCCGGUACCGCGUGGGUGACUGCGCUUCUCUUCCUACCCGAGACAUAUCUGCCCAUCAUCCUCGAGUGGAAAGCAAAGCAUCUGCGCGCCAUCACGGGGGAUGGCCGGUACACAUCCGAGCAUGCGGAACACGAGGAGAUCUUCCACCGUUUGAAAAAGGUUCUCCACCUUUCAGCAAAGUUCUUUGCCACGGAGCCUGUUCUUGCCGUGCUGGGCAGCUAUCUCGUUCUCCUGUACUCUCUGCUCUUCACCUUUCUGUCCGGAUUCGACUACAUCUUCCGACAGACAUACGGCCUGUCCACGGCCCAAACAGGCGCAUGUUUCGCUUCCAUAGCCGUGGGCGAGACAGUGGCCAUGCUGGCCGUUCCAGCAUUGUACACCUGGGCGCGCCGAAAGACGGCAUACCAGCACGGCGCUUCUCUCUUGCCGGAGUUUCGACUGUGGCCGGCCGUCGUCGCUGGCCCGUUGCUCCCUGUUUCGUUAUUCUGGCUCGGCUGGACAAACUACCGCUCCAUCUCCAUCUGGUCCAGUCUGUUCGCAUGUGCUUUGUUCGGAAUAGUUCUGAUAUCGAUCUAUGUCAGCAGUUACGAAUAUAUCAUUGACAGCUACGGCGAGCAUGCCGCAAUCGCCUUGGCGAGCAUCACCAUGGCUCGCUAUCUCGUUGCUGGUGGAAUGGUCAUGGCUGCCCAUCCCAUGUACGAAGGACUUGGCGUCCACUGGACAAUGACUCUUCUUGGCUCCAUCUCUGUCGGCUUGGCUCCCAUGCCGUUGUUGUUCAAGAUAUACGGCGCCACGCUGAGGAGAAGAAGCCGCUAUGCUGCGCAUCUGGAUCAAACUGUCAUCCAGGAAGAUUCUGGUAGUGUUAAUUGA